UGCGCAUGCGGGAAGAUGGCGGGCCUGGAGUCCUGAGAACCGUGGGUCGCCCUGCUCUCCUCCGGCCUGCUCCGUAGCUCCCCAGGUCGUGGGGCAGUGGCGCGUUCGUUCGCGGGCCGGCCUAGGCAGCGGCGCCUCCGAGCAAGCUGCAGGCCCGGUUCGUGCUCGGCCUCCGGGAACCGGCGCGUUGGGGGCGGCGCCCGGCCGGAGCGGGAGAAGGCGGGAGAGCUCGCGGGGUGCGAGGCGAGGGGCGGCCGGCUGGGCAGCAUGAGUCAGCAGCGGCCGGCGCGGAAACUGCCCAGCCUGCUGGUGGACCCGGCGGAGGAGACGGUGCGCCGCCGGUGCCGCGACCCCAUCAACGUGGAGGGCCUGCUGCCAUCAAAAAUAAGGAUUAACUUAGAAGAUAAUGUACAGUAUGUGUCCAUGAGAAAAGCUCUAAAAGUGAAGAGACCUCGUUUUGAUGUAUCUCUGGUUUAUUUAACUCGAAAAUUUAUGGAUCUUGUCAGAUCGGCUCCUGGGGGGAUUCUCGACUUAAACAAGGUCGCCACGAAACUGGGGGUGCGGAAACGAAGAGUAUAUGACAUCACCAAUGUCUUAGAUGGAAUCGAUCUGGUUGAAAAAAAGUCUAAGAACCAUAUUCGAUGGAUAGGGUCUGACCUUAGCAAUUUUGGGGCGGUGCCUCAACAGAAGAAGCUGCAGGAGGAGCUUUCUGACUUAUCAGCAAUGGAAGAUGCUUUGGACGAGCUGAUUAAGGACUGUGCCCAGCAGUUGUUCGAGUUAACAGAUGACAAAGAAAACGAAAGACUAGCGUACGUGACGUAUCAAGAUAUUCACAGCAUCCAAGCCUUCCACGAACAGAUUGUUAUCGCAGUGAAAGCUCCGGCAGAAACCAGAUUGGAUGUCCCCGCUCCCAGAGAAGACUCCAUCACAGUACACAUAAGAAGCACCAAAGGACCCAUCGAUGUUUAUUUAUGUGAGGUGGAACACGAUCAUUCGGGUAAUAAAGUGUCUGAAGGAGCGGGCACCUCUUCAUCUAAAAACAAACAUCCAGAACACCCCGAUAAAGCCACGAAAACACGAGUUAAAGAAUUACAAGAAGAAAAGCCUCCACAACAAAGUGAAGAAUUACUUGAAGUGAGCAACUGACAGCAUUUGCAGAUGCGUGUAUGGAGUUUUGGGGAGCAUCCCGUGUGGAUGAAUCAUGCAUCAGAUUUGAUUCUCAGAGCAAUAAAUCAUCCACGAAGUUCUCUGCUUCUCCGAGACAGCAUCAAGGCCAGUGGUGGCUUUGAGGGGUUCACUACUUAGGUCUACUGGUAAUUACAGUUUCUGCAUUUGAAAACAACUCUUUUUAUAAUUAUUCACUGCUUUUUGUCAGUGAAAUAGACACCCUGCCUACUGAAAUAAUACUCUUCCGUCACGGAGAGUAUCCCUGAGAAAGGCGGUCGGGCCUGAAGCAGACCGUGCUUUGUGGACUCUGCCCUUCCCUCCAAGGAUCAUGUGUCAUUAUCACGCAGGAAAUUGCCUUACGCGGGUUCAUGUCUGCAAUUAGCUCUUGGAUGAGUAUACACAGGCGUCUAACCGUGAUGUCUCUGUAUAUAUCUGUAUAAUGUUUAGAUGACUUAUGUAAUAUGUCUAAGUAAAACUUUCCACCCUUGUACAGCCAAAAUAAUGUAUAUAUGGAAAGUAACAGACAAAUUCUCUAAUUUCUGUGGUAUCGAUAACUUAUUAGAAUCCUCAGAAUGGGGGUUAGAGGAAAGUUUUUUCCAAACUUCUACAUGUAGAAGUAUCAUAAAUAUGCUAGACAUUUGAACAUCAUGGAUUUAAUUAAAGUGUUUCCAUAUGGUUCCCAGUGCUGAAAUUGAAAUCUGAUACUUGUUGAUUUCAAGCUUCCUCCAGGGUUAGUGUGUGUGAGCCGGUUAAUGCGGGCCCUGAGGCUUUAGGGGCAAGUAUACAAAUACUAUCAGGUAAUGGCUUAAUUCUUUGCAAGACAUGAAUUUAAUCAUGAUGAAAAUUGGAAACUAUUUUAACCUUUUUGCAAGCAGAUUUUGUAACGUUUCUGUAUGCAGCCUCGCUUUUCAAUCAGAGGGGUUUACUUUUGAUGAGUUGGUUGUACCCUGCCCUCUCUCCAGCUCUAGUCCCACAUUUCCAAGAACCUAGCUAUUUCUACCUCAUUGGGUAAAUCAUUUACCACUCUGUGCCUCAGUUUACUCAGUAGUUUACCAUUAGACUGUGAGCUCCUUGAGGGACUUUGUCUUAAUCAUUGUUAUACCCAGCGCCUUGCACCAUGCCUGGCACAUAAAAAGUGCUCAAUAAAUGUUUGAACAAAUCA